UUGAAUACAGUGUUUGUCUCCAAACGUGAGAUUCAUUUAGCGAUCAUUUCGUUUGAAUUUAGCCUUAGUUUACGUUUAAAUCCAUAUUUGAAUCAAAAGUUGUGUUUUAAUUGCAAACCAAACAAUCAUUUUCCACUCAAUUGGUGUCCGAAAACCCGAGUAUUGGCUGCGAUUGAGACGAUAGACUCGUUUCGGUCCACAAGAAAUCAUUUCGACACUUGUUUUAGUGCCGCCGAAGAGGUAUAGGAAGUGGUAAGUGAUGGCCAAAUGGGGUGAAGGAGAUCCCCGAUGGAUAGUGGAGGAGAGACCCGACGCGACCAAUGUUAACAACUGGCACUGGACUGAGAAGAAUGCCUCGAAUUGGUCUAAAGAGAAGUUAACGCAACUGUUGUCUGCUCUGGAGGUCGACGAGUCGGGCGUCGGUUUGUGUCGCGUCUCUGCGGUUGAGUCCAUUGAAGGCGAAGCCGUGGCCAACAAUCGGAAGGGAAAACUCAUCUUUUUCUACGAAUGGGUCAUCAAAUGCGAGUGGAAGGGAAGACUCAACGGAUCCGAUGACGAAGUGAAGGGAACCUUUGAGAUACCGAAUCUGAGC